CCUCUGAUCAUUCCAGUUGCAGAAUCUGCAUUGGGGCCAUGGGGGUUGGUCCACGUAUUGUACGGACUGAUGCCUGGUUUUCAAACAGAGAACCCAGAACCAUUUGCAGCAAAAAAAAAUUUUCAUCUUCUCUCAGAAACAAGAAAGCUCACUUUCACGUGACCGAAUUAACCAUUUUCACCCUUAGGCGAUUCUUGAAAUCUUGCUUUGCCGCUGCCAAGGCGUCCCGCUCUUCCUUGAAGGAAUAGAGUAAGGGGACGACCCAUAAACUCUUUCAAAGUCACAUAUCUUCUUUCUUUCUCGGGUAGCAAGGAGUCGUCCACACGCGCUUGCAGGACAAAAAAAUUUUCAUCCUUUCCCUUAUCGUCCGUUCUUGUCUCAGUCAAGUUUUUCUCAAGAAAAGCUAGUUCAUUUUUUCAUCCAUCUACUUUGUCCUGGUCAAAUUUUCCUGAAGUAAAUCUUGUACAUUAGCACAAAGAUCUUCACGGCCAGAUGGCACCCCCGCAAUAGGUGAAUCCAAGACUGAAUCAGGCAUUGCCACAAGCCUUUCCUCAAAGAAGGAUUUCAUUGUCGUGCGAUGCUGGAAAGCAGAGUCAGCUUUGCGUUUCCACAGACUAUUUCCAGGCUCUGAGUUAAAAAGGUUAAGCAGAGGCUCCGCCACCUCUCGGACAUUUGGUCUAUUAUUUCCAUUUCUUCCCAAAACAGAGUCGCCAUGUUCUUGAUACCGUUCAAGGAUCUCGCAGCGUGUAAGACCACUGCUUGGUUGACCAUAUAUUGCAGUAUCAACAUGUCCCGAAGUCUGCCAAGGGUAGUUGUAUGCAGCACGUCCAACCACUACACCAUGAGCUCCUUCUCUUAGUGCUGCAUUGACCUCAACAACUGCAUUGAUUAUUUAUUUCUCCAUUAGCUAAAUUUGAUCUUUUGUAGUGUAGAUAAUGUCUGGUGGUUCUUCAUCACGUCAAGGGGGUUUGAAAGCCCUAUUGAAAAAGAAUUUGGAUGACAAUAUUAAGAAAGAGGGACAAGAGUUUAUAAAUCACUUGAAAAAAAAUAGAAAUGAUGUUCAUAUUUGGAAGGAGGAUGACUUAGAAGAAGAAGAAGUAGAAGCAGAAGCAGCAGCAGUGGCAGCAGAAAUGCAACCAGUUACACAGUAUCUGGGAUUAAUAGUAACACCUGUUGCAAUGGGAAAUUCUCGUGGUUGGAAGUUAUCAGAACUAGGUGCUAAUAUUAUAAGAGGUAUUACCACCUCACUGGUUAAUGACAUGAGUCAUCAAGUUAUCCGGCCAAAUGUUAGCAUCAAUCAAAUUUAUGCUAACGAUAAGGAGGUUGAGAUUAGGGCUGAAGCAAUGAGAUGUGAAAACAAAAGCAGCUAUACGAAGGUAUUAAUGAAUAUGAUCUGCAUCAUUCAUUGCUUAUGUGGUUCUAAGCGGAAGAGCAUCCCUUUGGCUCUGCAACACAUGAUGUUUUAUUUUACGGAAUACAAGCUGUUCUGGAAUCAUAGACGGUUUUUAAUAAACCAUCCCUGUCUGUGGAACUUCUUUAAGGUUCAACAAGUGAUAAUGAACUUGCGGACGGCUAUGAAAGUAAAGCCAACAGACACUCUGAUAUUAAUAGGACUGACUCCAAAUAUUGAAUGGAAGGAUGAUAUUAUAAGAAUGUUUGAGAACGAGAGUGGUCAACCUUCGUACCAGCAAGGUGCAUUCCUUGGAGCUGCUGAAGCAGUUUUUUAUUACCGGACUUACAGUGAUACUAGUGCUGGUUUUAUAAUGUUUCUUAGAGCCCUCUACGUUCAUGUUUACGAGCGAUGGUCUGAACUAUAUAAACAGAGGCCGAUGGGGUCAUUUGUGGUUGAGAUAGGAAACUUUUUUUAUAUAUUAUAUCCCACAUUUCUAUGUCAGCUUGUUUCAAAGCUCUUCUACUACAAUGCCUUUAAGAGUUAUUUUUAGUUGUAUUUUCAAGUUGUUAUUAGUAUGUAGUAGUUAUUAGGAUUUGUUUACUUUCAAAUAUGUUGCUACUCUAUUUAGUGUGAAAUACUAUUAUCAUGUUAAAUAUUCAACUUUUAUUUCUUCAUUUC